AUGCACAUCAAGCUGAGUCGAUUUCGUGAAUUUAUUGAAGAAAUUUUUGACAGCUCCUCAAUUCAUGGCUUUCCAUAUGUUAUUCGAAGAGACUUUCAUGUUCUGGAGAAAUAUGAAGACAAUCCAACAGUUUUAUCGGUUGAUAUUGUAUCUUAUGGAGAAUUUGAUCGACCUUCGUUUACUAUUUGCACAAGUAACUACAAUACAACGGCAGUAAUGGGGAGCAUUGUUAAAAAGUUUUUUGGUGUUGAACCAGGAGAUGAGAGAUACAACGAGUCAGUAAAAUUUGUUGAGCAGAUAAAAGCAACCAUGUACAACACACUGAACCUUUUACAACCAUUUAAUGAUAUGCCUGGCGUGAAUGAUCUGAAUCUUAUGGAUAUGGCAUAUGAUUUAUUUAAAGAUUAUCCCACGGCUGGGAUUCAAUUCGCAAAAGUAAUGACAGAGAGAGGCAUGUGUCAAAGCUCAACAACACAUUUCAAGUGGCAACUUCCAAUAAAAAGUACGUCACCAUUUGAACGAGUAAAUGGAACUAUAGAUAGAGGUGAUAAAUGUACAUCGCUUGAAGUUUGUAGAAUAUCGGUUACUCCCAAUAAUUUAGAUGUAGAGGCUGUAAACAGAAUUUACAUCAAUAGUUAUGAUGAAGUCAUGUGUGGCGAUGACUUGGAUUAUGUAGAAUUAGCCGGCUCAUCAAUUCAAGAAAGGCAUGUUAAGAUUGACGACAUAAUUGCUGAUCCGAAUAUAAGACACUUCAAACCAAAAAGUAGAAAGUGCAAAUUCAUGGAUGAACAUCAGCAAGAUGGAUAUUAUGAUCUUUACACACCAAAUUUCUGUAAAAUGAGUUGCCGAAUUAGAAGAGCUUUACGUUAUUGCAAAUGCGUACCGUACUUUUAUCCUGUGAGAGGUGUUAAAUUCUGUAAUAUGACUGGAUUGAUAUGUUUAAGCAAAACAGAAUGGUACGAUGCAAGUAAAUGUGAAUGCAUGAAGCUAUGCGAAACAACCAUUUUGACGAAAUUAUCAUCCAAGGAUCAAAACCUUCAAUUUGACCGUAUGCUGACAAUCGAUUUGAUUUUCCCAAAGACACGAAUAAAGCGGAGUGUAUUGUUUGACUUUGAUGACUUGCUAGUUGGAUUAGGUGGGAGUUUAGCAUUAUUUCUAGGACUAAGCUUCCUAUGUAGCAUAGAGUUAGUAUAUCAUAUCAUUGAAUAUUGCCUAGAAAUGAUAAUUAAUUGCGUAAAGCCAUGAGUCAAAAGAUCGAAUUGCGGCACCAGAAAAAUUGCCAACAUGCUCUAACGUAUUAAAAUACCCACAUCAUCUAUGGAUCCAAUUUAAUUUAUUAAACUUCAUGUUUGGCUCAUAAUUAUUUAUUAAAAAUAAUCGUAUGCUAUAUAAUAGCAAGCUACACUUGCUGACGUUGGUGAUUUUUCAUUGUUAUAUGUUUGUAACAUCGUCAUCAACAUGAUGUCCCCCAUCUAUUUUUCUCAUCUUUAAUGUUACGAAUUCAACACGCUUCUCCCAAAAAAUAAAUCGUUACUGCUCAUCACCACCAUAUCACCCAAUGGUUCAACACAGGAAUGAAAUCAAUGCUUGCUACGAAACUUUAUGUGUAAUUUUACGAUAAGCAUAUGGGAACCAAAUUUAAAUUAUUAUCAUGCUAAUUUUAUAUAUUAAUCAUAAUUGAGUGAUACAGUAAAGAUUUAUGACAUGUGUAGAUAUUUAUGUUGUAGAAUGCAUUUUAAUAAAGGAGAAAUAUUUUUCUUUUUA